UCCCCACUCCCACCCUCACCUCACCCCACCCCUCUCAUCCCACCCUCACCCAUCCACCCAUUCCCUCUACAUCCAGCCACCACCACUCAUCAGCCCCCCACCCCCACCUAUCGCUCCCACCCCAUCUAUCUCCUCCUCACCUCUCUGCUCCCUUCAUACCUCUAGCUAUCUCUCAUUCCACUUCUCCCCACCUCCCUAUCCUCACCUAGCCAACCCUCACCAGCUCACCUCACCUCCACACUUCCAGCCAUCCCUACCACCUCUCCCCUCCUCUCAUUACCAAACUCCCCCACCCCUCCCCAUCCCAGCAUCAGUCAAAGGAGCCGCCUGCCAGCCUUCAGUCACCCACAGCUGGACUGGAUCGAAAUGUCAUAAAAGAGCGAUGGCAAGUGUACGAGGAGCAUUGAGAAUGAUGGAUGGAGUAACCUUGGGCGAAAUCACGGUGAAAAAGGAACCUCUUUGUGAUCCAGUGGGAGAGAGGAGCACCGCAGGAAAAGAUUUGGAUGGAUGGAUUACAAACGUUUCCAGAGCCCAUGGGGUGAAGCAGGAAUGUGGGCAAGCCCUGGGAGUGGAGGAGGCAGCGGCGCGUGCUGAUGUGAUCAUGUCCAAAGCCUGCUUACUGUCAGGGGUACGUCCGCUGGAUCUUAACCCAGGCCUGAAGCACACCUUGGCACAGUUCCAUCUGAGCAGUCAGAGCUCCCUCGGAGGGCCAGCGGCAUUUUCAGCCCGUUGUUCCCAAGAAUGUACGUCCCCAGGAGUGCUUGUGCCCAUGCGGUCGCCUCCUGCACUGGCUGGCCCGCUGCUUAUACCCUCGGACAGCUCGACUGAACUCACACACACCUUACUGGAGAGAGAGACCAUUUCAUGCUUCAUGGUCGGCGGAGAGAAAAGGUUAUGUCUGCCCCAGGUCUUAAAUUCAGUGCUUCGAGAUUUCUCUCUGCAACAGAUCAAUGCUGUCUGUGAUGAAUUGUACAUUUAUUGUUCAAGGUGUACGGCAGAACAACUACAGAUUCUCAAGGUGCUGGGUAUCUUGCCAUUUAACGCUCCGUCAUGCGGACUUAUAACCCAGACUGAUGCUCAAAGGUUGUGCAAUGCUCUGGUUCACCCUGGUAUCCUACCCCCUGAUGCCAACAGACUCUCUGGCAAAGCAUGCCUUUCCCAGUUACAGAAUGGUGAUUCCAGCUUUGAAGUGGAGCACUGGUGUCUUGGGAAAUGCCAAGGUUUAUACGUGCCACAGUUUUACAACCAUCCCGAUGCUGCCUGUAUCCAGUGUCUGGACUGCCACAUGAUGUUUUCUCCGCAGAAGUUUGUGCUCCAUUCUCACAGGUUGCCAGACAAGAGAACCUGCCACUGGGGCUUUGAUUCGGCCAAAUGGCGCUGCUAUAUGCAGUUGAGCCGUAGAUAUGCAGAGACGGCUCAUGAAACAUUUUUAAAACCAUACCUUGAAGAAAUGAAAGAGCGUUUCAAUUUCAGCAACCAGCGAAAAAGGCCCCUUCCAAAGCAGUCUGCCUCAGAAGAACUUCAGCCGAAGAGGGCACAUUUAGAGCACGCUGGUUCUCAAGAUGAAGUGCCUGAGAAAGGCCUGGACAGAAAGAAUGAAUCUCAGCACACUAUGACAUUCCAGCACUGGUGUCCAGUCAUCAAACAAGAGGUGGAUCAUCCAAGUCAACAACAUCCUUCAGUGAUACAUCCAAGCUGUCUUUUAUAUAUGUACGAUAAGGUGAAAGCUCCAAAUGUUUCAUUGGCUCCACCUUUGCAACGAUGUAGAGAUGCCACUAAGUCGGUGAAUAAGGAAUACACAAUGGACAUCUCAACAACUUUGGACGAGGGGAUGAAACAUCAGAAGGAAAAUGUGGACAAGAAGCUGAUUUCCUAUUUUGUGUCAUCUCCAGAGGAGGAAGGAAGCAACACGUCACUUGCAGAUUCCUACAGUCCACGUUACCGAGCUUCAGCGUCUUCCAUUACAGAUCAAGAAUAUAUCAAAUCUGAACGUGUCAGCCAUAGAAAUAAAGAGAGAAUUCCCAAGGAUCGAAAUAGCAAUUCCUCAAGGAUUGAUAAAGAGACUCGUAAUUCUUCUCAGCACAUUGGAAUGAGCACAGAAGAGAAUGAGAAAAUAGUGGAACAAAUCAUGAAAACGUACUGUGAACAGCAGGAGAAAUUGAACACCACAAUUCACCAGAAGAAGCAUUUGCAAAUGGAAGUGGAGUUAUUGCAAGUCACAAAGAGGAUGAAACUCAAAGAAUUGACUGAGGAGAAGCUUGAGCUGCAGCAAGAGCUGGAUUCUCUACAAUCUGCCCAUGCCCAGAGAAUGAGUGCAGUUCACGAUGAACAGGCAGACGUAGAGUGGCAGCUGGAGCAGCUGAAACAAGGCUGUUUGUGUGACCGCACAACAGAAAAGGGCCAAGAGGCUGAGUACACUGCACAGUUAGCUGAAUUGCGACAAAGGCUGGACCGAGCUGAGGCGGAUCGCCGAGAACUUCAAGAGGAGCUGAGGUGUGAGCGUGAAGCCCGAGAAAAACUGGAAGCCAUGGUAAAGGAACUGAAGCUUCAGAUCUUCGAAACCUCCAGAAAUAAAGCUGGCACUGUGCUGAGGUCUGUAGCGGAUUGAUGAGAACAAAGUCUCCUCUGAAGCACCAGCUGUUUGAAGCAAAGUAAUUUUAUAGAAUUGCUUUUGAGGAAGAGACUGGUGAAUUAACGCCUUGCAACCUACACUGGAAGAAAUCUGUGCAACUGAAUAAUUGUUGUUCUGGAGAGACUGGAGUUAAUUGUAAUUCAUCCAGUUUGGAACAAAAAUCUAGAAAGCAAAGUUUAAACAAAUUAAGUUUUGUACAUAAAUAUAUAUAUAUAUAUAUAUCUAUAUAUAUAUAUAUAUAUAAUGCAUAGGUAAAAUAUCUACAUUAUAAAAUGGCUAGGCAUGGGAGAUAUGUUAUUUGAUAACCUUUGGAAAUUUAUAUGCAUGUAGAGCCAGCCACGCAUUAGAAUCUGUUCUUGUGCUCUUUCCCAUUGCCUUUAUAAAUGGCUUUUGUUAAAAUCACUGAUUGCAUCUGGUCCUAGUGCUUUGUUCGUCCCAGAAUCCUGCUUCCUACUUAGUUGCACAAUAUGCAGGAGACUUGUUUUGUAAUUUUUCUUGCAGUUGUUCAGAAAACUUCAAAUUUAUUCUCUAGAUUUGCAUGUGCUCUUUAUUGCUGCCCCGACCCUUCUGUACCGAUCGAUCGUUGUUAUAUACAAGGAAAAGCCACGGGGUUUUGACUGCGAAUAGUGUGGACAGAUGCAAUUUGCAAACAAAACCAUUACAAUGACCUUGGAUUUCACUUCUUUUGAUAAAAGACGGAUGUGAUCUCUAAAUGAUAACAUCCCACUGUAUGUACUCAGUAAAUGUAAAAAAUAUAAACCGUACCAGGCAUGGCUCUGGUUUUAUGUAGUUUCCUCUUAAAAUGGUUGUAUAUAUGAAUUCUACUAUUCCUUUUCUACAGUUUCUUAUUUAUUUCACCACCCUUUCACUGCUUCCUGAGGCACUGUUCUCUGAGGGUACUGUUUGUUUCCUUUGUGACUUUCUCAGCCUUGGGAUGAGUGCCAGUGGACUCAACGAUUCGCAUUUGUGUGUCUCUUGCAAACACAGCCGUUGGGCACUGCUCAGGAGUAGAUCCUUGACUGGCUUACCGUUUGCCUCCCUGAAAGCUGAGGAAGGGAAGGUCUAACCGUUGAAAUUGGCCAUUGCAACACCAGUUUCGUACUGAUAAUGAGAGGAAGCGUGAUGUCUGUAACAAACCAUUUCAAUUGAUUUUACAGCGCCUGAUGACAAAUGUUUAUUAAUUUCUCUAAAAUAAUAAACAAAACUGGGAAAAAAAGGAGUAAGGAGACGUUUGGAAACCACAUUACUCUAUAUUGGUGUCAAUGCAGCUAUUGAAUCUUCUGGCUUUUUGCUGCAGAUACAACUGUGUACUUGAAUAUAUUUAAUACACACCUGGAAGAAGGGACUCUUAUUGUGAACUUGCUUGAAGGAAAAGUUAUUGAUCUACUCAUUACCUCUUUUCCACUGCUAUGGCAACCCCAAUUUACCCUACACUAUUUGGAUUCAGUGCUGUGUGAUGUUAUCACAUGCAUGUUGGCAGGAUAAAUUACUACCCAUUUUACUGUUGCAACUCCUGUUCAGAAUUUGUAGUUGUAAAACUGAACCACUUGCUGUCCCUUCCACAACAAUCAUUGCGAGUUUGUCAGUAUUAAUUUUGACAGUGACCCAGCCUAACGACUGCUAUUUGAAUGGAUCUCCUACUGUCUUGACCCUGUGUUUUAUGUUUUAUUCCACGGUUUUUGUACUUUGUUCCAAAGCACAUGAUGGGAUAUGAACAUUUAUAUUGCUUGGCAAAAUGUUUAUACAACUAUAGUUUGAGUGGUUUCUUUGACAUUAAAAGAACAUGGCUUUUUGUAUACAAAA